AUGAAGGGAUCCAUCGUUGCAGCUGCGGCUGCCCUCAUCGGCAAUGCUGCUGCCAUUCGCAUGCGUCACGGCCACGCGCACGCGCACGAGCUGUUCGAGAAGCGUGACGAAGUCUGCACGACCUACCUCACGACCAUCACCGGUUCCAUGACCUGGUACCCGACUCCUGGUGCCAGCACCACAAACGUGGCUCCCACUCCUGCUGUUCCCACGAUCGUUGUGCCCAACAACUACACCAGCAAGGCUGUGCCGUCGCCGUCGUCGUCUGCCCCCGUGCAGCUGCCGUCGACCACCACCUCGGCAGCACCUGUCACGACCACGGUUGCCACCGUCCCGACCCCUGGUGUGGAGACGUGCGCGACUCCCGGCACCUACACGUUCCCGGCGACUACCGUUGUUGUGACCGAGACGACGACUGUCUGCGGUGCCACGACCGCGCCUGUGACUUCGGGCACCAACACCAUCGGUGGUGUGACCACUGUCGUUGAGACUGCGACCACUGUCGUCUGCCCGUACGCCACCACGUCGACGCAGCCCGGCGGUGUUGUCACUAGCAUCCUUACCUCGACGACCUAUGUCUGCCCUUCGGCUGGCACGUACACCAUUGCGCCGAUCACGACUGUGGUCACGACCGACACCGUUGUUGUCUGCCCCGCCGUUCAGACCUUCACCCCUGGCACCUACACCAAGCCUGCUGUGACGACAACUGUGGUUGAGACCGACGUUGUUGUCUACUGCCCGUUCGCUACGCCGAGCGCCAGCAGCUCCGUUGUUUCGACGACGCCUGUUGCUGUCCAGGCUACCACAACCGCUGUUGCCGUCCCGACGACGCCGGCCGCUGCUGUCCCGACUCUGGGCAUUGAGACUUGCGCGACUCCCGGCACCUACACCUUCCCGGCGACUACCGUUGUUGUGACCGAGACGACGACUGUCUGCGGUGCCACGACCGCGCCUGUGACUUCGGGCACCAACACCAUCGGUGGUGUGACCACUGUCGUUGAGACUGCGACCACUGUCGUCUGCCCGUACGCCACCACGUCGACGCAGCCCGGCGGUGUUGUCACUAGCAUCCUUACCUCAACGACCUAUGUCUGCCCUUCGGCUGGUACCUACACCAUUGCUCCGAUCACGACGGUUGUCACGACUGAUACUGUUGUUGUCUGCCCUGCUGUCCAGACCUUCACCCCCGGCACCUACACCAAGCCUGCUGUGACGACGACUGUGGUUGAGACCGACGUUGUUGUCUACUGCCCGUUCGCUACGCCGAGCGCCAGCAGCUCCGUUGUUUCGACGACGCCUGUUGCUGUCCAGGCUACCACAACCGCUGUUGCCGUCCCGACGACGCCGGCCGCUGCUGUCCCGACUCUGGACAUUGAGACUUGCGCUACCCCUGGCACCUACACGUUCCCGGCGACCACCGUUGUCGUGACUGAGACGACCACCGUGUGUGGUGCCCAGAUUACCUCUGUGACUUCGGGCACGAACACUAUUGGUGGUGUCACUACCGUUGUUGAGACCGCCACGACCUUUGUGUGCCCCAUCGCCACGACGUCGACUCAGCCGGGCGGUGUUGUCACUAGCAUCCUUACCUCGACGACCUAUGUUUGCCCUUCGGCUGGCACCUACACCAUUGCGCCGAUCACGACUGUGGUCACGACCGACACCGUUGUUGUCUGCCCCGCCGUUCAGACCUUCACCCCUGGCACCUACACCCGUCCGGCCGUGACGACGACCGUUGUCGAGACUGACGUCGUUGUCUACUGCCCCUUUGCCACGUCGAGCACCAGCACUGCUGUUGCCGUUCCCCAGGUUUCCACCACCGUCGUUGCUGUUCCCCAGGUUUCUACGACCGCUGUUGCUGUCCCUGUGAUUUCCGCCUCGGUCGCCAUCCAGUUUUCGUCGGCUAAGGCUUCGACCUCGUCGGCUGCCGCGACUGCUUCGUCCACCUCUGCGGCCACGCUUGGCGGCGGUUCGCAGUGGGCCAUCACCUACACGCCGUACACGACGACGGGUCAGUGCAAGAGCGCGUCGGAUGUUAUGACGGACAUUUCUGCUGUCAAGGACAAGGGUUUCACGACGGUGCGUGUGUACUCGACUGACUGCGACACUCUGCCGAGCGUCGGUGCUGCCUGCAAGGCCUACGGCCUGAAGAUGAUCAUUGGUGUGUUUAUCGGUGAGGUUGGCUGCGACAACGGCAACCCGGACGUCGCGUCGCAGAUCUCGGCCAUCAAGAGCUGGGGUAUGUGGGAUCUGGUUGAGCUUGUUGUGGUCGGUAACGAGGCCGGCAACGACGGCUUCUGCACGCCCGCCCAGCUGAAGUCGCUUAUUGUGGAGGUCAAGACGAUUGUGUCUGAUGCUGGCGCCAGCUGCCCGGUGACGACGACCGACACGGUCAACAUCUGGCAGGAUACUGAGUUCUCGUCGGUCAUCUGCCCCGUUGUGGACGUCGUUGCUUGCAACGCCCACGCUUACUUCAACGCGGGGACGAAGCCGUCUGAGGCCGGUACUUUCGUGCAGGGCCAGCUGGACAUUGUCAAGAAGAUCUGUGGUCUUGAGGGCUACGUUCUGGAGACGGGCUGGCCGUCGUCGUGCGUGGCCAACGGUUUGGCCACGUGCUCGUCUAACGACCAGGCCACGGCUAUUUCGUCGCUCAAGGAGGUUGUUGGCGGUUCCGUCGUCUUCUUCUCCUUCUCGGACGAUGAGUGGAAGGAGGGUGGCUCUUGCGGCUGUGAGCAGCACUGGGGCUGCGGUCAGCUGUUCUAA